CACAUCACUCGUCUCGAAGCCACUGAUCUCAAUAAUAAAAAGCCUUGGUUGCAUAUUCUGCAAGCAAGCUUAUAAUGCGUCUAUCCAGCGCUCUAUUCCUUCUGAUUACUCCAACGGUCGCUGCAUUUGCUCCCCGAGCGAGCCUUCUUGUCAGGAAAACCAACACCUUUGUGAAAGCAGAAGGUACCAAUGGGGGUGGUUCGGGACCUCCGUUUUCGGGUCCGGCUGUCAAGCCAAUUCUGGACUCGGUGAAGUAUCCGUCUGAUAUGAAAAAUCUUGACAUGAGGCAACUCAAGCAGCUAGCCAACGAACUCCGUUGGGAAGUCCUGGAAUCCGUGUCCAAAACAGGAGGUCACUUGAGCUCAAGUCUCGGAGUUAACGAACUCACUGUUGCCUUGCAUUAUGUUUUCGAUAUGCCGGAAGACGACAUUAUUUGGGAUGUUUCCCACCAAUGUUAUCCGCACAAAAUUCUCACUGGGCGCCGGGAUCGUAUGUCGACACUUCGUCAAUCGGGUGGUAUUUCCGGUUUCUGUAAGCGUAAAGAGUCCGAGUACGACUCAUUCGGCGCAGGACACUCGUCGACGUCUAUCUCAGUAGCCCAGGGAAUGAGUAUUGGAAAAUCCAUACUCAACAAACGACAAAACAACUGCAUUGCCGUUAUUGGAGACGGAGCAAUUACCGGCGGUAUGGCCUACGAAGCCAUGAACUCGGCAGGAUAUUUGAAAAAUCGCAUGAUUGUUAUUCUCAACGACAACGGCCAAGUCAGCUUGCCGACAGGUACACCGAGUGCUGGAGGUAUCGUCCCCGCAUCACAACUUUCUACCUACACAUCAAACCUGCUGGUUUCCAAGCCAUUCCAAGAUUUCCGUAUGUUUGCCAAGAAUUUUAACAAACUUUUACCUGAAGGUGUCCAAGACGUCAACAAGCGCAUUGAUGAGUACGCUCGCGGUAUUGUUGCUGGGGGGACCUUGUUUGAGGAACUUGGGUUCUUCUACGUUGGCCCUGUUGACGGUCAUGAUCUCGACAAUCUUAUUCCUAUUUUGGAAAAACUACGCGAUAGCCCCAGCACAAAACCCGUCUUGCUACAUGUCAAGACAACCAAGGGAUACGGCUACCCACCCGCCGAGCAAGCAAGCGAUCGUAUGCACGGUGUUGCCAAGUUUAAUCUCGGAACCGGAAAGCAAAUCAAAUCGAAAAAGCCUAUUGCUCCUAGUCUCACAUCCAUUUUCGCGAAUGCUUUGAUUGAUGCGGCCACUGAAGACCGAUCAAUUGUAGGAAUUACUGCUGCUAUGCCUGGUGGUACCGGCAUGGAUAUUUUUGGACGCAGGUUUCCCAAGCGUACGUUUGACGUUGGGAUUGCUGAACAACACGCUGUGACCAUGGGCGCCGGUAUGGCCUGCGAAGGUCUCAAGCCCUUUGUUUGUAUCUACUCGACCUUCAUGCAACGUGGGUACGACCAGGUUGUGCACGAUGUCGCAAUUCAAAACCUUCCUGUGCGGAUGGUCUUGGACCGUGCUGGCUUGGUUGGUAACGAUGGUCCCACUCACCAUGGUUGCUAUGAUCUCAGCUACAUGGGCUGUAUUCCAAACUUGAUUAUUAUGGCACCUAGUGACGAGGUUGAACUAAGAAAUAUGGUAGCGACGCAAGCCGCCUUUAAUGACGGUCCUACUGUCCUCCGAUACCCCCGCGGUACCGGAUACGGUCUGGAAACUCUCAAGAAUACCUUCGGCUAUACUUUCGAGGGUGACGAAAUUCCUACAAAAGGAGAAGUUUUGCCAAUCGGAAAAGGCCGCAUUGUUCGUCGUCCGGGUGGAUUUAAUCAGAAUCAAUCGUCCACGCGAGGAAAGUCUCGAAAGGAUCGCGUGGCAGUGUUGUCGCUGGGAACUCGCCUUCAUGAAGCAUUGGUUGCUGCAAAGGAAGUUGAAGAUAUUGAUCCGACAUUGGGGGUAACAGUCGCAGAUGGGCGUUUCAUGAAACCGUUGGAUGUCGACUUAGUCCGAGAAUUGGCUGACGAACAUUCAGUCUUGAUUACGAUCGAAGAAGGCAGUAUUGGUGGAUUCGGUGAUCACGUCCUGCAUUUCUUGUCUCUGGACGGUAUUCUGGACGACGGGGAGCUCAAAUUCCGACCCAUGGUUAUUCCCGACACCCUCUUUGAAGCCGGUACACAGUACGAGCAAUACGAACAAGCAGGGCUAAAUUCGGAGCACAUUCGUGGCACGAUUUUACGGCUCACCAAAAGACUUCAAGUUCCGCAAUUGCAGGACUAGAGAGGAAUGCUAACAAGCCUUUCAAGCAAGAAAAUGUGACAUUCACACAUUCAAGGUGAUUUCCCACGGAACAAAUUUAAUUUGACCAAAAUGGCAUCUUAUUGGAAAUCCUGCAGAAUCUUUCACAAGGAUGGAAAUCGUUUCGUAGUACUGUAACUAUGAUGAACCACAUGUAGAAUUUUUUUGCACAUUAGUUGCAUGUUUUCUUU